AUGAGCAGCACCCAGAAGGAACUCACGCAGGAGCGAGCUGAAGAGCUCGUACGCCUCAUGACGGAUGGUCUGGUCAACAUUGUGGACACGACGGGGGAGUUCUUGAUGCCCAUCGCGGAUGGGACUAUUGUCGACACAAAAGGCUGGGGCGGCUGGGAAUGGACACACGGUAUCGCCCUUACCGCACUAUACCACCACUCAGCUAUCAACCCCUCCUCACCAUCCGCUCAGUACUCCCUCAAGACCGCACUGGACUGGUUCGAGUCCCAGUACAAGAUCACCAAGGGCAAGGGCGCGCCCAAGAACAUCAACACCAUGUCGCCCUUCUAUUCGCUCUCGUCCUUCCUCGUCAACGGGCAGGUGCAGGAUGAGCGGUGGGUCGCGUGGUGUGAUGAGUGGGCCGAGUGGAUCAUGAACGAUCUGCCCAAGACUCGGGAGGGUGGAUUCCAGCACAUCACCUACCUUGACGUCAACCACAAUCAACUCUGGGACGACACCCUCAUGAUGACCGUUCUCCCCCUCGCGCAGAUCGGUAUCCUCCUGAACCGCCCGCACUACAUCGAAGAAGCAAAAUACCAAUUCCUCCUGCACAUCAACUACCUCAUGGACGCGCCCUCCGGUCUCUGGUUCCACGGCUGGGAGUUCACGCCCGACGCACCCGGAUCGGGCGGCAACAACUUUGCCAAAGCCCUCUGGGCACGCGGCAACUGCUGGAUCACAGUCGCCAUCCCCCUCUUUAUCGAGUUUAUGGGCGACCGGCUCCCUCCCUCUGAUCCUAUUCGCAGACAGCUCGAAUCGGCGUUCAGGCGGCAGGUUGACAAGCUGGUCGAGUGCCAAGACCAAAAGUCGGGAUUGUGGCAUACGCUAUUGGUGGAUCCGAGCAGUUAUCUGGAGACGAGCGCGACGGCGGGGUUCGCAGCUGGUAUGCUCGCGGGCAUCAGACUGGGGCUCCUCGACCGCAAGACCUACCUGCCGUCCGCCAUGAAAGCGCUGUACGGCGUAAUGGACCACAUCGACCCCUCGGGCGAAGUCUCCCAAGUCUCCUUCGGGACCGGGAUGGGCCACAACCUCGAGUUCUACGUCCAGAUCCCCAUCACAUCCAUGCCGUAUGGACAGGCACUGGCGAUGCUCGCUCUGGUAGAAUGGGAGCGGCUGCAAGGUGCGGGGGAGCCCAACGGUCACUAG